AUGGUAAACUCCCAAGUCUGGUUAGACAAUUAUUAUCCCGUAAAUGGCACUUGUAUAAGAGUUGAGGAUAAAGAAAACUAUGGCAAAACCAGAAAUCAAAUUGUUAAUUUAGAUAUUAGUAAUCAAAAUUUAGAAAGCGCUUUAGACCUGGGCAGUUCAUUUGCCAACCUAAAAACGUUGAACAGUUCAUUUAAUAAAUUAACUGAUCUCACUUGGGGUACGCUUUAUAUUAUAGAAAAAUAUGAUGGAUCUCACAAUCAGUUAAAUGGCAGUUAUUCUAUAACCUCUUCUAAUAUAAAAAACAUAAAUAUUUCUCACAAUAAUAUCACUGCUUAUAAUUAUAACACUCCCAAUUUAGCUUAUUUGGAUGUUUCUAGUAAUUUAUUUACUACUUUGGAUCUUUAUAGUACACAAAAUUUAGUGGAGUUAAAAUGUUCCAAUAAUCCUAUUUCCAGCUUGACUCUAAACCAAACUUCUAAGCUUGUUCUUUUUGAUUGUUUUGACGUUAAACUUGUUUCAACUUCCACUUCUCCCCUCUUUACUCCUUCAACUUCUCUUUCCCCAACCGUAACAAUCUACACCAACACCCUCCUCGGAACCACUAUUGGUCUGGGUGUCUACUCGGGAAUAAGCACACUUUGUUUGCUGUUCUUAGGUUUCGUUUUCUUUUACAAACGCUCUUUACUAAAAAAUAGUAUCCCAACUCCGGGUAGUCAUAUUAUAUGA